AUGGGGGACUCACAACCACAGGGUGUGAUGCCGGCCCCUGAAGGCGAACAUGCAGUGUUCGAUGGCGGAUACACGUCUCUGCAAAUUGCACUGUUUGCUGCGAACCUGUCCACAUACGCCAUUGCAACUGUCUUUCUGGGCCUGAGAGUGUAUACUUCAGCUUUCAUUAACAGAAGGACGGACUGGGGCGAUUUCUUCUUGAUCUCUUCUUGGGGCGUAGGCGCUGGGUCGAUCGCCUGCACGAUGAUCGCCAUCAAAUAUGGCUACGGGAAUCACCUGUGGAAUGUCGAGGCAACAGAGAUUACUGGCUAUUUCCAGCAACUCGUCGCUAUGUCAGUGACCUACUUCUGGACACCUACGCUCACCAAGCUAUCAGUCUUGACACUCAUCUAUCAAGUCUAUGCGGCGAAGUGGGGCAAGAUAAGCGCCCUGAUUCUCGGUAUCUGCAUCGUAGCAUACACGGUCGUCCUCACGGUCCUGGUGACCGGACCUUGCGAUCCGCUGCAUGGAAGCGUAAAGUGUCUCACCCGUGCCGGCACUGGGCAUGCGGCUUUGAACAUUAUAUCGGACGUGCUGGUCAUCGCUUUGCCAAUUCCUUUGGUCCACCAACUUCAGAUGCCAAUGCGCCAGAAGAUUUCAGUGGGAAUACUGAUGACUUUGGGCUCGUUGUGCAUUGUUGCAUCUAUCAUCAGGACAAAGUUCGUGGCCGACAUUCAGGACAACCCGGACAUUACGUGGUGCCAAGCUAGAGUCGGGGUGCUAUCAGCCAUUGAGUUGAACAUCGGCAUAUUAGGUGCCAGCUUGGCUCGUCUCAAGCCUUUUGUACAAAAGUACCUUCCAUCGCUAUCGAGAACUAUCGUGUCGACCGGUCAGAAGUAUGCAGGGUCAAGUGGAUUUGAUGACAGCAAGCAGCGCCCAGGCCGCGACGCAUAUCUUCUACACAGCAUCCAGAGAAGCGGCGUGGAUACUUCUGAUGGACAGGGGGAGAAUGGAAGAGGAAUCAAUGUGAAGUCCGACAUCUAUGUCACUCGUUCUGAGGAGGUUACGGCGGGUGUUAACGCCAAGGGGAAUUGGAAGUAGACUUUCUCGCCAUGAAUGGUGACGGUCCAAUCAGAUAGGAUUUUGAUUGGUACUUGAAGUGUUCCCUGUAGCACUGGAAGAGGGAUAAGUAUCUCGGGGUUCUAUGAUUGCCACCAAGAUCUGUCUCAUAGCGUUAAAGAAACUAAUCAACCACUUAAGCGCUUUAUUCGCGUUCGCCUUUCCAAAGCACUUGUUUGGCUUCGUCGUUUCCUCAAACUCAAGCUCGUGCGUAACAAUCUUCUCAGUGGGCAGUUUGCGCAGCUCGAGAGACUUGAGGAACAUAGGCGUCGUGAUUGUGUCGACAAGUCUUAUUGUAAUGGCUCUGCUGCGGGGUCAUUUUCUUUGAAUCAUCCUUGCGAGGUCCUGUAGUU